UCGUAGGCUUUUGAUUGGCGGAUUAUGACGCCACAAAGCAUACUAUUAAUAACUGACGCAUGCGCAGAAAAUUACCUAGUGUAUAUCCGUCAUUCAUGCAAGUCGAUUUCGUUGGUUCUGUGUGUUGAGCCUAGCAAAAGAACAUGGUGAUAGUGAUAUGAAACAAGUCUAUUAGCAAUACCACGCUCUACACAUAUAUACUUUCGCGAAAUAACGAUGAUAUUUGGUCACGAUCUUCCUACGUAAAACUUUAAAAAGUGUCAUUUGAAUGAUCAGUUAAAAGAUGCUGAUCAAAUAAUAUCCAAAAAGAAAAACAAAUUGAUUGAGCUGAUAUAGCAAUUACUAAAUAAAUACUAUGGGGGCACUUUUGGAUACUCCAAAAACAGAAAAAUACAAUGAACAUGGUUCUGGCAAUGGACUACAUUAUGGUGUUGCCAGUAUGCAAGGAUGGAGAAUGGAAAUGGAAGAUGCUCAUAGAGCAAUAACUGGUUUAAAAGGCGGUCUCUCAGAUUGGAGUUAUUUUGCAGUAUUUGAUGGUCAUGCUGGUGCAUUAGUAUCAGCUCAUAGUGCAGAACAUUUGUUAGAAUGUAUAAUGCAAACAGAAGAGUUUAAAGCAGAAGAUGUUACCAAAGGAAUACAUUCUGGCUUUCUUCGACUUGAUGAUGAAAUGAGAGAAUUACCAGAAAUGAGUUCUGGAACAGAAAAAUCUGGUUCUACAGCAGUUUGUGCAUUUAUAUCUCCCAGAAACAUAUAUAUUGCUAACUGUGGCGAUUCUCGAGCUGUACUUUGUCGAGCAGGAGAUCCAGUUUUCUCAACAAGAGAUCACAAACCUGUCUUACCUGCUGAAAAAGAAAGAAUUCAAAAUGCUGGUGGUAGUGUAAUGAUUCAAAGAGUUAAUGGAGCUUUAGCUGUAUCUCGUGCAUUGGGAGAUUAUGAGUACAAAAAUUUGAAAGAUAGAGGCCCCUGUGAACAGUUAGUGUCUCCAGAACCAGAAAUAUUUGUUCGAGAUAGAGACGAUGAACAUGAUGAAUUUCUAGUUUUAGCAUGUGAUGGUAUUUGGGAUGUUAUGAACAACGAAGAUCUAUGUAAUUUUAUACAUUCAAGGCUGUUGCUUACAGAUGAUCUAGAAGCAGUUACGAACCAGGUCAUAGAUACCUGUCUGUAUAAGGGUAGCAGAGAUAACAUGAGUAUAGUUUUGGUAACAUUUCCUGCUGCUCCAAAACCAAGUCCAGAAGCACAGAAAAAAGAAGCAGAACUUGAAAUGGCCAUUGAAAGGAGAAUCAAAGAAAUAGUUGCUGAACAAAAGGACAAAAAUGAAUUUGAUUUUUUGCAACUGUUACAACUUCUUGUGGACCAAGAAUUUCCUAAUCUUCCGCCUGGUGGUGGUCUUUCAGCCAAACAACCUUUCAUUGAACAAGUGUUUCGAGAAGUAUGUCCCAGCCGAGCGGAUAGUAUUACAUUUCAACAAUACUCAAGUCCUUUCCUGCAGUCCAAGUUGAAUUCUCCGAUUACUGAUUUCAAUAAUAACUAAUUCUCAAGCCACUUAGUGUACACAAUAUGUAUACAAUUUUAUACAUGUGAUAUACAUUAAAACUGGUGAACCCAAAAAUCAUGAAAAUGAGAUACCAUCCAACAAGAACUACUGAGGAGUACUACAUGAAGAGAGACUGAGGAAUGGUGUUACAGGCAUAUUUAAUUUCUAAUUAAAUAAUUUUUGGAAAUUGCAUUGUAAUACUAAAUUCAGUUACAAAAUUUAUUGUACAAAGCAUUUUAAUUUUUAAGUAAAUAUAAAAAAAAUCUGAUCAAGUUCUCUAUAGCAAUAUAUCAUAGGUUUUUACUUUGAAUAUAUAA